GCGCGUGAAUUGCUCCCUUAUAUAUUAUUUUAGAUAAAUGUAAAAGGAAGUGGAUAAACAGAAAUAGGUUGACGGAAGCAUAUUAAGCAGUCUGUAUGUUGUUUAGUUUAUUUUCAAAAUAAAUAGUUUUAUUAAAGGCGAUUUAAUUCCUUGGAUUCAUGUAAGAUUGUUUGAUCAUGAUUUUUCUUUUGUUUUAAAACAUUUUUGAAAAUGAAUGGAGACGUUGAAAUAUACAUACGCCAGAAAUGCCCGUGGACGAAACUUCCACCUUCUAUUAAACAGGUUCUGGGUGAUUCACAAAAAGCAUAUGAAAAACAAAUUAUUAAAUUCAGUAUUAGAAAUCAACUUCGCUUCAGAAGUAAUCUUGUGAAAGCUGUGAAGAAAGAUGAACGUGCUUAUUAUGAAGAACUGUUGCAGUACAGCCGAGAGCAUUUAAUGCUCUAUCCUUACCAUCUAUCUGAUUUUGUAGUUACUGGAAUGCGUAUUACUCCUUUUCAAUACUACAUUGCCAUGAUGCAAGAUUUAAUGGAACAAGAAAGAAGUUAUGAUUCUCUUCCAAAUUUUACUGCCACUGAUUGCCUUCGUCUGUUAGGAAUUGGGCGAAAUCAAUAUAUUGAGCUUAUGAAUCGAUGCCGCUCUUCAAAGAAAUUUUUUGGGGUUCGACGGAGACCUGUUAGAGAAUUACUCCCACCAAAACCUAUAGCAUCAUUAGUAAUUGAACCUUGGUGGAUUGUUCAUGUUGGUUAUGUUACAGAAGAUGAUAUCAAAAUUAUACCUGAAAAUGAAAAAAAAAUUAUCGACAAGAUUAUAGAUCAUGGACCUCAAAAAUGUGGAGAUUUGAAUGCUAGAGAUGUUAAAGCUUUAUACCGAAGAGGUCUCAUAUACCUUGAUGUACCAAUUGAUGACAAUGAUUAUGUUUGUGUUCCUCCUCUGGAAGGAUUUGUGAUGAACAGGGUGUUGGGAGACUAUUUGGAAAUACUUUUAUAUAAAAUAUUUGUUUCCAUUGAUGAACAUACACCUAUUGCUGAACUUGCCAAUGUUCUUCAAGUAGAGCUAGAACUUGUUAAGAAUGCAGUUUCAAUGUACUGCCGAUUGGGGUUUGCUAAAAAGAAAUGCCAAGAGGAUGUAACAUCUUUUCAUUCUUCUUGGGAAAUGCACUAUUCUUCUAAGCCUCAGAAGUUAAGUUCUGAUGACUCAGAUGAAAUGCUUUUAAAGUUUUCAGACUCAGACAGUUUUUAUUCUGGCCUCAUUCAUGAUGUGUGGGAGCGAGCUGACUCAGUGCCUUUAUUUUCUUCAACUGCAUCAAAACGUAUUGGAUUUCUAUUUGAUUCUACUCUUACGGCAUUCUUGAUGAUGGGAAAUUUAUCGCCUGGAUUAAAAAGUCAUGCUGUAACAAUGUUUGAAGUUGGGAAACUAUCUGAUGAAUCUAUGGAUAGCUUUCUGACUGAAUUAUCUAAGGUGGCCAAUGUGGGAGAAGGUGAAGCAAGAAGAUAUUUUGAUCAUGCUUUUUCUUUACGGGAUACAAUAAUAUUUCUUCGACAUAAUAAUGAACUUUUAUAUGAUUCUAAAAAUGAUAUAAGUGCCUCUAAUCCUAUUGGAUUGGAUUUACUCAGAUGUGAGAGCUUGCAAAAUUUAGAUCCUGAAACCUGUUCACGACUUUUAUUAAAAAAUUAUAGUUUACUGAUUUCAAUGUCUCCAUUAACAAAUGAAAUAAGACCUGUUAGCAGCUGCUCUCCAGCUCACCUAGGACCACCAAUAUCAGAAAUUAGCUCUGUUUGGUUCAAACUUUUCAUAUAUUUCAUAACAAAAUCUGGUCCUCCUUCAUUACUCUUAACAAAAGGUACUCGUCUUCGAAAACUACCUGAAGUAUUUAAGGGUCAUGAAAAGCUGUUGGUGACUACCUGGGCUCAUGAUCCUAGUACAGUCCUUAUGUCAAAUGCUUUGCCAAUACUUAAUGAUGCUUUAAAUCAUUCAGCAGUACUAGUGCAGGGUCAAGGUAGUCAAACAGAUUUCUUUUAUAUCCCUUUUCCUUUUUUAGACAGUGAUGAUGGAUCUAGUGAAACCUCAUUGAAUAUGCACCCAUCAAUAAAGAAGCUCAUGAAAGAUGUAGAUUUGUUACAUAGCUGUGGGUACAUAACGAUGAUUAAUGUAAAAAAAUCAAGUACAGUUUUAAAAAAUCAAGAUAAUUUUAAUUUUUCUUUGGAAAAACUUAAUAGAAAAUUAAAUUCCAUUGAAAACAAUGGUGAGAUUCAAUGCAACACAGAACCUUACAAAUCCAGAAUGGAUGAUGACAGUAUUCCUUUUACUCUCAGUGAUUCUACACACCUUAAAAAGGAAGAAAAUGUCUUAAAAAGGGAUGAAAAAGAUUGGAUAUUGUUAGACUGUUCAUUUGGCAUUCCAUUGUUCAAUGGCCUCUUGAAUAAAGAGGUUUGCGAAAGAAUAAACACUCAAAAACUUUGUCAUGGUUUCAGCUUGAAGAAUCUAAUUGCAUCUAAUAGGAAAUUGAGUCUUCUGGUUUUAAAAUUCAUUUCCAAUUAUCAGCCAAUAAUUAUGAAUCCUGAUAGUGGGCGUUAUUCAUCAUUCCCUCCUAAUCGCCCAGGAUGUGAUAUGGAACUUCCAUUACCUUCCAUUAAUUUAUUUUUUUGUGAUGGUCAGUUGUCAAUAUGGAAUAAAAAGUAAUUUUAUUGUUUGGUUUUGUAGUUGAAUAUAUACUCUUUUAAUGAAUAUAUUUUUACAUGCACUCUAUUUUGAAGUAAAUACAAAGUUUGUUCAGUCUUAUUACUUGUGAAAUAAAAUAUUUAUUUUAAA